CAAAGGUGUCCAGCUGUCAGCUAUAAAUAAUAGUUCCAAAUCUCUCCAGAGUAGCGCUAGAGUAGCUAAGAACCUAGGCGUUAUUGAUGAAGUGAAGUGCCAUUGUAGCGCCACCUAUUUGAGGUUUUUUCAUGACACUUUUUGGUACAUGGAGAUUUCAUUUCUUGCCUCCACACCCGGGACCAUCGAUUUCAUAGGCAGGGCCACUAAGCCAGACAGGUCGUCAAAUUGAGGGCAUUUUUCUUUUUACUCCAAUUAUGAUAUAAUUAGAGUGACGGAGAAAGAUGCAACCAGAACUUGCGAACUUCGGUGUUCGCUUAUUCUAUGUUCGCGGUAGCCACUAGGAUGUCGAUCUGCAUAGGUACAAUAAGUCUAGAGAUGAAAUGGUAGAGCGGGCAGAUGACCGAACGAGAUGCUCUUAUGGAUCUUUCAGUAGGAGUAGCAGAGAAAGCGCUAUUGUUUGUCCUUGUCACAGUUUUUUUUAUUCCCCACCGUAAAUUUUAGUAUGGCUUAUAGUGGGCGCGGUGGGCAACAAAUAACUCGACGAAAUUACUUAGGUUGUUUUUGGUAUGAGGAAUGUUAAAACGUGAUUUAAUUUUGGCGCGUUGCGUAUGUUCCCUUUCGCGGGCGCAUGCGUGUGGCACAUCUAGUUGAUCCUACCAUCUAUGUCGAUCUGUCAGACUUGACGUUGACGUGUACUUGACGUUUUUGUAUUUAUUUUCACUUUUCCUAGUUCCUUGACUACUUUUACUUUAUACAUACUUACUUUAAGGACAAUAUUUUUGAAGUAUUCGGUAAUUAUUGAACAUUUUCUUGGAUGGGCCUGCCUCAAGGAUUAUCCAGUUUAACUUAAAGGUUUCUUUGACAAAAACUGAAACGUGAAAGGUCGCAUAUUGGUAAUCGAGAUCAAGGACAGAGAGUUGAAGUCACUGGACACGCUGGAAACUCGUUUCAAAGUCCGAUCACCACUCACCAUAUCACUGAGGCAGGCCCCAUAAUGAAUUCCACAGCGAAAGUGUCUACGUAGCCGACAAAAUCACAUCUGUAGAUGAGUAAUAGUCGCAUGAGGUUGUAGAUAACUGAAUCGAAAUAGUGAUUACAAGACGCCCUCUGCCCUUUCCAGAGGUCUUAGCUUAUUAUUUCUAGUUCCUUGAUACAGUAGGUAAAACACGCUAUUACAACUGGAAAAUACUUUUAUAACUACUAAUAGAUUCUGCAAUGUCAGAAGGUAUAGAUGUAGUCCAGGUGAAGGUAGAACCACUAUAUACAGAUAAUGAAGAAAAUUUGGAGUCUACAGGGAAAGCGGGAGAACCUGAAUACAUACAUAAAUAUGUAAAAAAAGAGUCUAAUCGGAACAUCAAAGACUGCUUACUGGCCAGCCUCUGUAGGGACCAAGUAAUAGAAAACGACCAUGUGAGUCACACAAGCAGAAAUACAGAUCAUAUAGAUCAUGAGAUAAAAAAAGAAACUGAGAAAAGCACUAUAGAUGACUCGCAAGUUAACUGGUUUAUGGACCAUGUAGUAAAAGUUGAGAGAGUGGUAGAUAUUUAUCAUGGAAGCAAGAUAGCAUCACAAGUUAAUGGAUACACUCAAAACACACCACUUAUGCAGAGCAAAGUGUCACAGACUGCAUACAGCGACUGUGAUAUAAAAAAGGAGAAUGAGUUGGCAAAUGAUGCAAAUACAUCCAGUAUAUCUGAGGCAACCAUACCAAGUAGCAUGUACAUAGACCAUGUGGUCAAGAUUGAGAGAGAAGCAGACAUGUCCAGUGCAAACAAUAUUACUUCCCAACAUGAGUUCAAUAAGUCUGAGAGCAAAGCGGAACAGGCCAGUCAAACAGGCCAUGAUAUGCAGGAUGAAAGUAAAGCUAUAGUACAGUCGGGCCUGAGCACAGACCAAAUGGUAAAGGCUGAAAGUGCAGUCAUAGGCCUGUACAUGGAUCAUGUUGUAAAGGAUGAGGUGGUAGUUGGGCCGGAGGUACUACAGAGACCAAAACUCUUACUGCAUCAAGCAAUAAUCAACCGUAUGGGGAGUAGAGGUAGGAGCUGCUCUGUCAGAUUGGAGAAAAUGCAUGUGGACAUGGACCACAGUGUGUGUCGGGUUGGACUUAAUACAUACAAGUUCCGAAAGUGUCUCCUAAACUACCAAGAUAAUCAUGUAAAAAUAGAUAUUAAUAGAUCAACUCCACAAAAAUACGAAAAUAAGCAUAUGAGAGCAAAUGCCAAAUCAAGUAAACAAAGCAUUAAAAUCCAAGAAAAACGAUACAAAUGUGACCUUUGCAAUUAUGCUACUGAUGAAAAAUAUAGGCUUAAAGUCCAUGGAAAGGUGCAUAGUAGUGAAAAACCCUUCAAAUGCAACCUCUGCAGUUACUCCACUGCCUAUAAAGCUCACUUGCAAAUUCACGACAGAAUACACACUGGGGAAAGACCUUACAAAUGCGACCAAUGUAGUUAUGCCUCCAUCCAAAAAUGUGACUUGUCGGUCCACCAAAGAGUGCACAGUGGGGAGAAGCCUCACAAAUGUAGCUACUGUAGUUUCGCCUGUAAACGUAAACGUGACUUGUUAGCCCAUGAAAGGACACACAAAGUUGAAAAACCGUUUAAAUGUGAUCACUGUGAUUACAGCAGCAACCGCAAACGAGAUCUGUUAAUCCAUGUUAGUCGCACUCACUCUUUAAUAACUACCAUAAAUGAUCAGAAUAUUUACAAAUGUGACCUAUGUAGUUACACUAGUCCUACUAAACGAAACUGGACGAACCACAUCAAAAUAGUGCAUAUGAAAAUUAAACCAUACAAAUGCAAUCAAUGUGGAUAUGAAACUAGAGAUAAAACUAGAUUUGGAACUCACAUCAAGAAACACACUGGGGAGCCAAUUGAUUUGCGUUACAAAUGUAGUCAAUGUAAUUACGCUACUGACCAUAAACAUCAUAUGUUAGGCCACCAAAGAACUCAUUCAGGUGAAAAACCUUUUAAAUGUGGCCACUGCAGCUAUGCUACGGCCUAUAGACGUGAAUUGUUAGCCCACAAAGCUUUACACAACGAUGAAAACCCUUACAAAUGCAAUAAAUGCAGCUACGCAUGUGGCAGUGAGAGUAAUCUGCGAAACCAUGAAAGGCUACACAUUAGUGAGAACGCGAAUAAACUUACGGAAACCUUAACAGAAACUCAAAAACCUGUCUGUUCAGAUCAGAGUUAAAAUAAUUUCGAAUAUUUAACUUUAGGGUUAGAAGGAAAAUGGGAGAGUUGUAAAAAACAAACAAUACAUGCAACAUAAAUUAUUUACAAUUCUGGCAUUAAAGUCGACCGCUAUCCACAUCCAGACCGGUCAAUGGUCAGGGCAAUUUAAUUUUUCUACUAACAUGAUAUAAAAACGCGGUCUGUCGGUACCAUUCCAAUGAUUAACAGACUAUUGUCAGUUUUUGGUGAAGGACUAGGGACUUGAACGCGCGAAAUUAUAACACAAACUGUCUAACAGAGGAAAACAAUGGGGUCUGUACAAUAAGUGCUUUAAUUGAAUAAAGAAACGCAUAAGUUAAAGAGACUUCCUGCACAAAUGCAGGAUAAUAUUUUUAUAAUAGAUAAAAUAUAAGUGUAUAGUAAUUAGGUUUUUGUUACAUAUAAUCACACGUCCAUCACUGCAUAGCAUACACAUUUUUCUUCAUGAUUAAUAUUAGAUUAUUUUUAUUAUGUAGGUAGUAUUAUACUUGGGUUAUUUUUUUUACCAUUGACGAUUGAAUUUAUUUACAAAUUGAAUUUUCAUCACAAAGUACCUAAGUCGUUCCAUUUAUUGUGUUUAUUACUUUAUAUUGUUAUUUAUAAAUUGUUAAUAGGUAAUGGAAAUAAAUCAAUUAUAAUUUUAAAAA